UAUGUCAAAUUGUCAAUAUAAUUUGUUGGUAGUAGAUAUCAGCAAUUUGGCGACUAAAUUACUUUAAAAAUUUUCAUAUCAACUCAAGUACAUGUGCUUUUUCUGUAAAUCAGUAUAUAUAUUGCUUAACAUAUGUAAUAAUAAUGGGGGGUAAAACGAAGCAAAGAACUAAGAAUAAUGCGCGACCCUCUAGCAGCGGCCGGAGCGCAGAACUAUUAAAUAAUGCAAAGAAAGUCGAGUCAUCUGUUGGAGCCGCUGGUCAAAGCAAGGAUCUUCCAGUGCUAUUCUCAACUUUGAGUGUAACAAAUGUUGAUGCAGGUCUUAAUCCUGAAUUCUCAGUGUGCUUCAAGAAGCUUAAUAAAAAGGAUCCAAUUACUAAAACUAAGGCUCUACAGGAAUUGACUGAGCUGGUUAAGAAUAGAGAUAUUGAUGAAGUGGUAGCUUCUCUACCGAGCUGGGCUCACUCCUACCAAACCUUAAUCAUUGACAGCGAUAGAAGAGUGCGGGAAGCGGCACAGCUAUGCCACGGCGCCAUGGUGGCGGCGAGCGGGCGGCGCGCGGCGCUCGUGUUGCGGCGCGUGUUGCCAGUGUGGCUGCUCGCGCGUCACGACGAGCACGCGCCCGUCAGCGUGCAGGCGAACGCGCAGCUCAAGAUCACAUUUCCUGAGAGAAAAUUAGGCGAAGCGAUCUCGUUUUGUAAAUCUGAGAUCGUAACAUUACUCAUCGAAAACAUCACCGGCAAUGCGGAAGUCAUGCUCAAUAAAAAACUUGACAAUCCAGAGGAACGUGAAAUGCAAAUUUUACGUAUUCUAUGCAGUAGCUUGAGAGCGCUGGAUUUCUUUGUAACCGAAUUGCCGGAAGUGCACGACGACUGGCUGUGGGACGCGCUAGCGCCCCUGCUACAAUCGAAUGCUUUUUGGAAGUUGGCAGCGCAUCAAUCGCCAAAUAUCAGGGCGGCGUGGUACGGCGCGGCGGCGCGCGCGUGCGGGCGCGGCGGCGCGCGGCGGGCGGCGGGCGCGGGCGCGCGCGCGGCGCGGGCGCUGCUGGCGCGGCACGAGAGCGGCGCCGUGGCCGCGCAGCGCUGGGCCGCGCUGCUGCACGUCAUGCACCGCCUCGAGGAGUGGCACACGUGGCUGGACAAAAAAGACCUCCUUAUGAAGCGACUUCUGGAAGUUGUAUCGACCGGUGGUUGGGGGGACGCUCGGCUGGUGUCCAAUAUGUUACUGCCGCUGUUGGUUAAGUUACCGGCCGAUUUGAUCACUAAGGACUUCUAUAUAAUAUUCUUUAACGCGCUUUUCACAGGGUUAAACAAUAAAAUUGUUAUAAGUUCGAAAUGUGAAAGACACACCUGGAUAAACAUCCUACAAGAAUGUCUUCGAUAUUUGUCACUUCAGCAAGAUGACUACGUCAUAGAAGUGGUCACGUUCGUUCAUCGAACUUGGCUUGAAAAAAUAUUCGCCUACACAGACAGGUCGGUAAAGAACCACUUGAUAAGAUAUUCGUCAACAACUAUGGUAUCAUUAGUCAAAUAUUGGCUCAAACAGACCAAACAAGAAAACAGUGAAAAGUACGACCAACUCAUAAGAAAUUUUUGGCUAAACAUUGGCUCAACGAUAGCAACGCAGAUAGACAAAUUAUCUGUUGAAAAAGAAGAUAUUAUGCUCCUAAUCGAAGCUCACAUAAUGCUGUUGAAACAUUUGAAGGCCGCUUUUCUACAAGAAGAUAAAAAGCAAAAUCAUAUUCAGUUUGCGGAUGAAACGACGCCGGACGUCAAGGAGCCGUCUCCGACUUCGACGGACGAGUGUGACGACACAGUUACGGAAAGAUUCAAUCACAACUUAAACGAUGUAGUCGAGAACACGUGCUGUAAUUACUUCGACUUUGCACACCAGAAACAAGUCUCCGAGGCUGUUUUCACGUCUUUGAUAUCGUUGAUUGAAAAAUUUGAAGGCAAGAAUUUAUUAAUGGCGCUAGCGAGACACUUCAAUCAAGAAUCAGUUUAUGGAUUGUAUGACAAUGUAUUGAAGAAGUGGUUAGCCGGCGACACUAUGAGAUGUAAAGCGCUAGUAGACAUCAUAUUCAUAAUCUUUAAAUAUUUAACGGAAGAAGAACAAGACGUUAUGUUCAAUUCGUUUCAACAGUUUCCUCCAUUAGUGGUGGAAUGGUGUAUAUCGCUGACUCUGACACACCCGUGCUGCUCGUCGGCUGCGGGAAGGAAAUGGCUGAGCGGCGACGUCGUGGAGGCGACCGUGCUUGCGCUGUGCAAGCGAGAGGAAGAUACCGAGGCGGAUAAUUUGCUUCUAACGUGUCUCAGUCACGGGGAUACAGGAGGGCCGGUGCUGAGCGCGCGCGGCGUGGAGCGCGUGGUGCGCGCGCUGGGCGCGUCGCCGGCCGCGCCGCGCGCCGCCCGCGCCGCCGCCGCGCUGGCGCGCUGCGCCGCCUGGCGCGCGCACGCCGAGCCGCUGCUGCGCGCGCUGUUCCAGCUGACGCUCGACCACCCCCUGGGCGACGCGCGCGUGUCCUCGAGCGCGUGGCUGUCGGCGCGCGCGGCGUGGAGCGCGGCGCUGGGCGCGCUGCCGGCCGGGGAGCGCGCGCGCCUGCGAGCGCACGCGCGCCUCGCCGUGCACGCGCACGUGUUCUCCGACAUGGAUAAACUAGAUAUGAAGCGUAUCGGGCACGCCGCGGCCCUGUGUCCGUAUCUCUAUUUACCGAGUCAAGAUAGUCCUUCCGAACACAGCGGCGAAGUGGUGUCCCUCACCAAGGAGCUGUUCGAGAUGCAAACACUGAAGCCCGAGGUGCCGUUGGAAGUGUUCGCCCUGAGGUGCGACUGUAUAGAUGGAAACAUCAAUUGCCCUUUUGAAGACGAAAAUGAAUUCAUAAAAAAGAUUGUAAACGACUCGGAGUCGGAUCAUGAGGAGCUAACGAGGAGAGAUCUCAUAGUGUUCCUCUACGAGAGUCUAUUUCGCGUUUCCUUCCUGAGGGCUAUCCUCACGCAGAACGUAUCCUCGGAUGAAGAAGAUGAAGAGACCGAAUCUUGGUGCGACGUGCUGCUCAGAGAGGAGUACUUCAAAGCGAAAUUGAAUCGGGUACUCUACGAAUAUGCGAUUCUCAGCGUUCUUUACGAGAAAUAUUCCUUUUGGCCUCAUUAUGAAUUAAUAAAAAAAAGUAAAGAACGAAUGGAAAAAUUUAUAGAAGAUAUUAUAUCCGAAAUAAGUCCUGAGACAAAGAACGUCGUCCUAACAUACUUACACGCGAAUGCAAUCACAAAAGGCUACUACUGGUCGUAUGCGAAGAAAUAUUUCAUCGUCAUAAUGAAUAAAAUAGCCCAGAAGAUUCGUGAGAGAAACGACGACACGUCCGAGAGCCAAAGCAGCGUCGACGACAGCGACGAGGAAAGUGAAAAAGAGGAGGAACAAGCUACAAGCAACAAUCAAGACACCGAAAGUAGCGAGUAUCAAAGCAUUAUUGAAAAUUUAGAUAAAACGACAGUGGAGGAAAUGAUCACCGGAAGCGGAUUCUUCCACAGCAUGCAGGCCGACGCGGCGCCGAGCGAGCGCGCGCGCGCGCUGCUGAUGCUGCGCAGCGUGUGGCGCGCGCACGGCCACGAGGCGGGCCUGCGCGAGCGCGCCGACAGCGCGCUGCGCGACGAGCCCGCCGACCUCGUCAUCGACCUGUACUUCGAGCACCACCACAUCAUGCUCUACGACACGGACCUGACCGACGCCUCGUGGUGCCAGAUCGUCAGCAACGCGGCCAUCGUGCACUUCCUGACCGAGUGCGUGCGGGCGCGCGGCUGGGAGCUGGGCUCCCAUCAGUGGGACUUCACCAACAUCACGCUGUGCUCGCUGAUCACCUCGCUUCAAAUCAGCAUGCAUCGCUGGUGGUGCUGCAAGGUGGCGAUCAUCGCUCGGGCGGUGCUGGAGCUGUACCUCGUGGUGGAGCAGUUUACGACGGAGACGCUCAAGGAGGCAGAGCGGCGCCAGCCGAGCGAGCACGUCCUGGCGCUGCCGGUAGAAUGGGGCGACAUCUUCGAACCUGACUUGAACAGAAAUCUUUUCGAAUUGCUGAUAGUAAUGCUGAAAGCGGACAUCCGGCCGAUGACUGCGUCGCGCGUGUCGACGCUGGGCGCGAUGGCGUCGUGCUGCUCGCGCCUGCAGUGGGCGUGCGUGCCGCGGGCGCCGCGCGCCUCCGCGCUGUCGCUGCGCCUCGUGUGCGGCGCCGCCACGGGCGCGCUGCGCGGCGUGGCGCACCCCGUGCGCAAGUACCUCGCCUUCGCCGUGCUCGAUCUGCUCGCCGAGUCGCUGGUGCUGCACGACGCCGAAAAGCUUGCGGAGUGGUGCGCACGAGAUGACGACAGUCCCCGGCCAGAGUUUACUCUCACCUAUUAUGAUGAAGCCUUGGUGCACCUCCAGGACCUAGUCGACGCUGCCCUAUCGAAUAUCAACGUGUGCGAGGGCACGUGCGAGAUGGUGGCGCCUUCCGACAGCCACAGCGUGGCGCUCGGGCAUCAGCUACUGGCCCUCGUGCUGCUGCGGCACUGUGCGCGCGCACGGGGAGACCUCGCACAAUUCUACAUCGAGCUGCUCAGAGAGGGCGGGUACGCGGCGGGGUUGAUGUCGAGCUGCGUCCGGCUGCUGCCCACCGACGUAUUGCGCGUCGCGCUCGAGGGCACCGAGCGGGCGCCGAUGCCAGCUCGAUGGCUACACUGCUUCAGCGAACUGCCCUCCUUCGACGUUAACAAGCGCUGCGACGGCGAGGUGGUGGCCGCGCUGGCGUGCCUCGUGCUGACGGAGACGCUGGGCGGCGCGGCGGCGGGCGAGGCGCGCGGCUGGUGCGGCGCGCUGGGCGUGCGCGCGGCGGGCGCGCUGCGACGAGUAGUGCGCGCGGCCGUGGCGCCCGUACUGCGCCACCGCCUGCUGCUGCAGCUGCGGGAUCGCGCGCACGAGCUGCCCGACUCGCAGGUCACCAUCCAGUGGUCGCGCGCCGAGGUGCGCUGCGAGCUAGAGCUGGAGGAGCGCACGCUGGAGCUGACGGUGCAAUUCGCGGAGGAGCACCCGCUGGUACCGCCGCAGAUCACGGCGCCACCGAACUCGCCCGCGCCCGACACGCAGUGGAUCGUGCUCUACCUCGCCUAUCAGAACGGCACGCUGCUGAACGCGCUGAAGAUGUGGAUCAGCGCGGUGACGGCUCGCGUGCAGAGCUCCCCGCAGUGCUACAUCUGCUACUGCCGCAUGCACCCGUCGUCAGGCCGGCUGCCGACCGUGCCGUGCUACCAGUGCCGAAACAAGUUCCACUCGCCGUGUUUGCGUAAAUGGUUUUCGACGAGCAACAAAUCAAAUUGUCCUCUCUGCCGUACGAAAUUUUGAUAAGCUCGCAUCGAGGCUCUUCAUGCGAAAAUCGUCGAACACUCAAACUUCAGUUACCUAUAAACCUUAAACAUUACCGAAAUGUACAUUCGUUUGAUAUAUGUGAUCACAUAACUCUUGGCAAACAAAAAUAAUGUAGUAUGACUAUCUAUAAACCUUUUAAAAGCAUGGACUAUCGUUAUAUAAAUACUAUUCGGAAUUUAGGUAACUCACGAUUAUAUAUAUAUAAAAUAUAUAAUUUUUUUAAUUAUAAACAGAUGUCAGCAUAUUCUUAAUGUUUCCACGACGCAUCACCUAUGAUAUCAAUUCUAUGGACAAACAAGUAUAACAGGCACAUCUUGGUCGGCUAAAAUUGGUUCUCCGAGACGAUAGACUAUUAUUUAUAUGAAAGUACAGCAUGCAAUGAAACUAUAACUGCUCUUUACAUAAUUGUAUGUAUUACGUUGUUUAAAAUCUCAUAAUUAAAUUAUCUUUAGAUAUUUUUUUAUUAAAAAUUAAACAAUAUAGCUAAUUUCUUAAACUAAAAAUAUAUUAAUUUAUUGCGUAGCGUACCGUGUCAUUGAUAAAUUUCUAAAUAACAUAAUAAAUUUCUAGUAAGUAAUAAAUUGACCAUCCUCCUCGUUGCGAGUACGCCGUUCCAGAUACAGUGGCAUAAGGCCACCGUUAUACGACGUUAUUAUUAGAAAAACAUGUUAGGGUCAAUUUCUAACAAAAAUUUGGACGAAUGAGACCCGUUUUUAUAUAUUCUCUUGAUGGGUGGAAAACAUUAAAUAACUUGUUAAUAAUAAGUCACUUUUCUAGAUUGAGUAAAUUUACAAAUUAACUACGGAUAUUUGUUUCUAGAAUUCAAAAUCCAGAAAUGUUUACUCAUUUUUUUAUAUUUAUUGGGGAGUUAAUAAGUGUUUAUAAAUUAAAAUAAACAUUUCUCAUUUAAGUUCACAUAUAAUUUAUUUUGUCCCGGUUCUUUAGGACCAUACCAAGUUUCUAAAUAAAGUAGAUCAUGCUAUUGUAAUAAUUAAAAAUUAUACAAUAAAUGGGUUGUGUACAUAUUUUUGAUUUUAAAUAUAAGUUUUUAUUUAAAAAUUGUAUUAAUUAUGA